AUGGAAAGGCUUCCUGGUCAAUUGCUCAAUUUCACCUCCCUCGAACGAGUAUUUAUUCUUGAAUGCCCCAAAAUCCAUAGCUUAGCGGAAGGUGGCUUACCCAGAAACUUGAUAUUCCUUGAAAUAGAAGAAGUGAACAUAAAGCAGGCAGUAACAGAGUGGAAAUUGCACCUCCUUCAUUCACUUAAAGCUCUUACGCUUAAAAAUGUAGGCAUCUCUGCAGACUCAGUAGAGUGUAUUCUGUGCCCACAUCUUUCUCUGCCCUCUUCCUUGUGUCUCUUAGAAAUCAGGGGUUUCCAAUAUUUGAGAAUCAUAUCCAAUGGCAACACCCUUCCCAACCUCACUCGUCUUGAUGUUAUGGAUUGCCCAAGGCUUGAAUCAUUGCUUAGCAAUUUUACCUCGCUUACAGAUUUAAUAACUGAAAAUUGCCCAAAAUUCCACAACUUUUCAGAGGGAGGUUUACCCACAAACCUGCGGUCUCUUUCAAUCUCUGAUACCAACAUAGACAAACCAAUAAAAGAGUGGGGAUUGCACCUUCUUACUUCCCUUCAUUCUAUUUCUCUUACACUUGUAAAUGUUAGCAGCUCCUUAGAUUGCAUUAGCGGUUCUGACCUUCCCUCUUCCCUGCGUACAUUACAUAUAAAGGGAUUCCAAAAUCUGAAAACAAUAUGCUGUUCCACUCUUCCUGACUUGUCCUCUAUCAAUGUCCUCUCUUGCCCCCGAUUCGAAUCAUUUGGUGACCAUGGCCUUCCUCCAAGCAUUAAAAGCAUUUAUAUUAAAGAGUGUGAGAUGAUACAGCAACAUUUGAGAAGUGAUCCCAGUGGCCGUAUACUUACAGAGAAUGGAAGAUUAUCGUCGCCUCUGUCUCAAAGUCAACCGAGCUCUGCCCACUCAAGUAAGUUCACUUAA